CAUGUCUAGCUUCCCUCUACCAUCUUCGCUGUCUCCUUCCCCCACCCACCCACCUCUCUUUUCUAUCUGUCUCUCCGGCAACAUCACAAACACCUUCACCCCAACUGUAGAUCCAAAAUUGAUCGAACCCUAAAGAUUCUUGAAUCACAGUUGACCACCAAAUCCAUUUCAUAAACCCUUGGUUCCAUUUUUGUUUUCAGCUUCACCAAAUCUGUGGUUACUGAUUGAAGGAUUCAAGAUUUGGCAGCAAAUUAGUUCCUCCUAUAUGUUCGAUUCACCGAAGAAGAGAAGAGAGAGUAAUUUUCUUGAUUCGAUCUUAAUACCCACACAACCGAGAUGCUAGCUCUUAAACUUGUUGAUUAUCUAUUGAUGACUUGAUUCAUGUAAUCAUGGAAUCGCCAUUGUUGACCUUCGUUUUGUUGUACUUUGGGUUAUUUUCUGUUUAUGUCGAUUCCCAACAACAAUCGCCGCUGCCACCGCCGCCCCCACCACCUCCUACUCCAUCCCCCCCGCCUCCACCUUCACCCCCACCUCCACCUCCGUCCCCACCUCCAUCUCCACCCCCGCCACCGUCACCACCACCGAGAUCUUCACAGCCUCCACCACCUCCAAGAAAGGCACCACACCCUCCAGGUUCAAUCCGCCCUAGGAGAUCAAAACCACAACACAGAGAACACCCUCCUCCUCCGCCGCCGCUGUCGAAAAAUCUCAACUUUGGAAAGAAACUUGGAUUCAUAUUCGUGGGUUUAGCCGCGAUCUUACAGAUUUGUGCGGCGACUUUUUUGGUAAUCAAGAGGAGGCAUUUAAUCAAGACCCACGACAGACUUUAAUCAGAAUAGAUGGUUUGGAUACUGAGUUGAUUUCUUGAUUUUAGUAAAACUCACAAAUUCGUCAAAUUGAUGGGAGUAUGCAGUUGGAUUAAUCACAGAUUUGUGGGAUCAGAACAGAUGAUUUGCAUACUGGGUUGAUUUGUUGAUCUUUUUUAUGAAAACGCACAAAUUCGUCAAAUUGAGUGGAAGAUGCAGUCGGAUUAUUGACAGAUCUGAAGGAUUAGAUGAUUGAUUUGAUGAGGUAUUGUAAAUGCGUAAUUCUUGUAUGCCAUUCUUUUUCACAAAAUUUUAUUUGAUCGAUUUAGUUAUGUUGUAUACCAUAAGGAACCGUUUCUUUCCAAAUUCUUAAUCUUUAUUGUUCUUCCAUGGUUAUGUGAAUCUGUGGUAUACAUGCAAAAACUCCUGCUUGAGGGGAUCAGUUAUAUUUUUGCGUAGGGCUA